AUGGCGACUUCGUCCGUAGCCGCGACGGCGCCGUGGCGGCAGCUCUUCCUCGAGCACGUCCGCGCUAUGCCGGCGCCCGAGUUCACGCUGGGCACGGUGCGCAAGGUCCGCUCGCCGUCGUCGGCGGGCGCGGUCGAGCACGUGCCGCGCGCGCGCACCUGCGUGUUCCGCGGGCUGUGGGGGGAGCUGUCCGCCGCCGCCGCCGAGCCCAACCCGCCCGACGUGUACGAGGGCAGCGACCUGCUGACGUUCACGACGGACCGGCGGUCGGCCAAGGUGGCGGACCUGUUCGGCGCCGAGGCCGAGGCCGAGGCGGACGGCGGGGAGGGGAGCCGCGCGCCGCGGCUCGACGGGUCCGGCGGCGGCGCCCCCGUCGAGGCCGUGUUCUGGGUUGUCGCGGCGCGGACCCAGUGGCGCGUGCGCGGGCGCGCGUACGUGCUCGCGCCGGGGGCCGAGGACGGCGGCGAGGAGGGCCGGCAGGCCGCGGCGCUGAUCCGGGCGCGGAUGCGGAGGCGGGGAGCGGGCGACGAGGUGAGCUGGAGCUUCGACCGCGAGAUCGCGGCGCACUUUGGCAACCUGAGCCCGCUGAUGCGGGGCACGUUUCGGGGGCCAGCGCCCGGGCGACCUGUGGCGGCGGCGGUAGAGGGCCCCGGGCUCGGGCAACGGAUCGACGACCUCGAGGACGUCGCAGCCCGGGCCAACUUCCGCGUCGUCGUCGUCGUGCCCCACGAGGUCGACCGGUGCGACCUGAGCGACCCGGAGCGCGGCCGACGGUGGCUAUAUAGACUCGUGGGGGGCGAAGAGGGCGAAGGCGAAGGCAAGUGGGAGGAAUUCGAGGUGUGGCCCUAG